CUUCGGAAAGUUGUGUGGACAUGUAGAAGACGAUGGACGCUUGCACCAGAACCACUUCAACUUCACUCUUCCACGGUCUCCCCAAGAUCCAAACUCCGAGGUAAAGUUCUAACGGGUACCGAACGGUUUUACAAGCCUAAGAUCCAGAGUUCUACAAAGUGGGUUUCCGAUUCAGAGAUAUCUAAGCGACAAGACACAAAGGAACAAUUCCAAGUUCAGAAAUUUCUGGCAGAGCAAUUGGAAUCAUGAAAGUUGCAUCUUUUGCUUUUAUUGUCUGGUCAGUGUGUGGAUUGUUUUUCGGAUUUGGUUAUGCAAAUCCAGAACUCCUAGAAGCAGAUCCCAUAAACUACAAUUAUGAUAGAAUAGACGAAGUGAAAAAAGAAUGUGCUUCUGUUCUAUCUUCUGCCUUUGAAUUGAGACCUGAAGAAAACAAGGUGUAUAUUGUUAAAAAGGAGCUCUUUUUUAUUAAUGGGGAUUGGAGUCAGGAGGUAGGUAAGGCUCCAAUUAUGCCAUUUGAUGAUAGAGAAGUUCCAAAGAAUUCAUCUGAUACUCCGGAUCCAUUAAAUUUGGUUUCUUUUUGGGUAAAGGAUGUUGAUCAUACUCGUCGAUCUAGGAAGUCAGUGAGUGUCAGUGGGUUGUUAAGUAUGGGAAUAACACGAGAUGGUUCAUUUACGGAUAGUGGAUUUGAUGGAAAUCCACACUUUCAGAUAUGGCCCGGUCAUUCCCAGCUCUCUAUUGCCUUUGAAGGGAUUUACACCGAAUCCAAGAAAAAUGGCGGGGAAAGAGUGUUGUGCUUGUUGGGGAGUGCAAUGUUGCCAUCUAGGGAGCCCAAUACCAUCGAUCCAUGGGAAUGGGUGAAGGUUUCUAUUCCGCGUUAUGACCAGCCUCCUCUUUUGCAAGAUGAUCGAAUUCUGCUGGUUCUUCGCUUUCCCAUGACAUUCACAUUGACAAGCCGGGUGAUCCGAGGGGAAAUGAGAAGUUUAAACCCAAAAUCCAACCCCAAGUACUUUGAUGAGGUUCAAAUUUUGUCCCAGCUGGGCACGUCAACAGACUAUGAGUUUGCUUCUGAAAAGGUUGUGUCCAAAGCGUGUGAUCGAUACCCAUUCCAGGAUAGCUUGAUGAAUGGUGGCGUUAGUGUCUAUAAAGGUUCUCAUUUUUGUGAAAUACUUGAAGAAGUUACUCGGGACCAAGCUUUCACAGUUGUGCCAAACUGGAGAUGCAAUGGCACAGAUGAAUUUUGCAGUAAGCUGGGUCCAUAUAUAUCGGAUAAGGAGAUUAAAGCAACAGAUGGAGGUUUCAAAGAUGUUAAACUCUAUAUCCAGAAUCUAAAGUGUGAGCAAAAAGCUGCACGGGGAAAUGUCAGUUCUGCAAUGGUUUCAGCUGUGUUUAGAGCUGUUCCUCCAUUGGAGAAUCAGUAUACUGCAGCAGUGAGGUCUGGGGUUAGCAACAUGACUGUUGCUGCUGAGGGUAUUUGGAAGUCUUCCAGUGGGCAGCUUUGCAUGGUUGGCUGCCUUGGACUCAUUGGCAGUGAAGGGAUUGGCUGCACUUCCCGGAUCUGUUUGUACAUACCUAUCUCAUUUUCCAUAAAGCAACGAAGCAUUGUUUUUGGGAGUUUUUCCAGCCUUGAUAAGAACAACGCAUCAUACUUCCCAUUGUCAUUUGAAAAGAUAGUGCAGCCUACGGAGUUGUGGAAUUAUUUUAAAGCCUCCCAUCCAUAUUACAUCUACUCAAAACUUGAUGAAGCCGGUACUAUCCUAGAAGAGAAUGAGCCCUUCACUUUUGGAACUGUCAUCAAGAAAUCUUUGCUUCAAUUCCCCAAACUGGAAGACACAGAGGCAUUCCUAGUGAGUCUUUCGCUUCUCUCAGAAGAUCUCACCCUUCAUGUCUCUGCAGUUCCUGAUCCAUUUCCUAGUCCUCGAUUGCCAAAAACUGAAGUUCAACUGGAAAUUCUUUCAGUUGGUCCCUUAUUUGGGCGCUACUGGUCAAAUGGUUCCACCACAGAAGAGGAGACUCCUUACCACACCAAGGCUGAAUACACCGAAAAGCAGCUCCUUCUCAAUGUAUCAGCACAACUCACACUUACUGGAAAAGCUUAUAACAAUUUUUCUGUGCUUUUCUUGGAGGGUCUUUAUGAUCCACAUGUUGGGAAGAUGUAUCUAGUUGGUUGCAGGGAUGUCCGAGCCUCUUGGAAGAUCUUAUUUGCAAGCAUGGAUCUUGAAGCUGGGAUGGACUGUUUAAUUGAGGUGGUGGUGUCGUACCCUCCCACUACAGCUCGUUGGUUAGUGGAUCCAACGGCAAAGAUUUCCAUUAACAGCAAAAGGAAUGAAGAUGACCCCCUCCACUUUAGUAGAAUCAAGCUCCAAACGUUUCCGGUUAUGUACAGGAAGCAGCGGGAAGACAUCCUGUCUCAUAGGGCUGUUGAGGGAAUCCUCCGGAUUUUGACCCUUUCAUUUGCAAUAGCUUGCAUUUCUAGCCAGCUGUUUUACAUGAAGCAUAAUUUGGUUUCUAUUCCUUAUAUGUCCCUUGUCAUGCUAGGUAUCCAAGCUCUUGGUUAUAGCCUUCCGCUGAUCACAGGAGCAGAAGCUCUUUUCAAGAGAAUGGCUUCCGAUUCUUAUGAGAUGCAAUCUUAUGAACUCGAGAAUAAUCAGUGGUUCCAUAUGAUUGAUUACACGGUGAAGCUUCUUGUAAUGGUCUCAUUUAUAUUGACUUUAAGGCUUUGCCAGAAGGUGUGGAAAUCUCGCAUUAGAUUAUUAACACAAGCCCCCCCUCUAGAACUGCACCGUGUCCCCAGUGAUAAGCGCAUACUUAUUACUACCUUCAGCAUCCAUGUGAUCGGGUUCAUGAUUGUUCUAAUCAUUCAUAGUACGAAGACCAGCCAGAGAUCUCUCCGGGCAAAAACACAUACUCUAAUCUUGGAAAGAAAUUCCCACUUGCUGCAGGAAUGGGAAACAGUACUAGAAGAAUAUGUGGGUCUUGUUCAAGAUUUUUUCCUGCUCCCCCAACUUAUUGGCAAUUUUGUGUGGCAGAUUGAUUGUAAACCACUCAGGAAACUCUAUUUCAUUGGAAUCACAGCUGUCAGACUGUUCCCCCACAUUUAUGAUUAUGCAAGAGCUCCCGUUCGUAAUCCAUUCUUUGCUGAAGAUUAUGAGUUUGUCAACCCAAGUUUUGAUUUUUACUCAAAGUUUGGGGAUAUUGCGAUACCGGUGACAGCAGUUAUUCUUGCAAUUGCUAUCUAUAUUCAGCAAAGAUGGAAUUAUGAGAAGCUUAGGCAGACUCUUACUUUGGGUCGUUGUAAGCUUCUUCCAUCAAGGUUCAGAAUGUACGAGCGCUUACCUUCUCAAACAGUUGAAGCUGAGCUUGUAUCCGGGAUCAAUGGUAAGACCGCUCUUGAGAAAGAGGGCAAUGAUGUAGAAUGAGAUGAAAAUAUUUCAAAUGAUGUGAAGAAUAUUUUGUUGUAGACAAACAUCAAAAGUAGAUGUUAUCUUGGUUGCUUACUGUUGUUAAAUAAGAAAUGCUGCUUUUCUGAAAGAGUAAUUACUGAACCAUGUUUUCCCAUCCAACUUAUAAAAAAAAAACAUGUUUUCC